GGGAUGACUGAUUAAGAAAGAGACAUUUGGCAUCCAUCUCACUCCAGCAUGUCCCUCUGUGCAUCGUCUCACAAGGAACGUUCUCAUUUGCCACCAAUUCAAGAUCUCGGAUGUAGUAAAAUAGAAGCAAAAAACGGCAUCUCUGAGCAGAGCUCUCCCAUCCCUUUCAGCUGCAGCCAAGCUGCUCUGGCUGUCGAGCACAGUCCGAUUUACAUUCCAUCCUCUUAUAUGGAGAACAGACACGACUAUUCUGCCAUGGCUUUCUACAGCCCCUCGAUGAUGAAUUACAACAUUCCGGGCAAUUUCAGCGAUUCAGAAAAUGCCACUCUAAGGCAGGCGGCGAGUCCAAGCAUGUUGUGGUCCAGCCCUGGUCACAUCUCUCCUCUGACAUUGCACUGCCAAUCGUCAGUUUUAUAUGCAGAGCAGCCAAAAAGCCCAUGGUGUGAAGCACGACCUGUGGAUCAUGUCUUGCCUAUGCACAGAGACACCCUGGAAAGAAAAAACAGCAGCAGUGACUAUACCAGUCCCACCACAAACAGUCCUGGUUCAAAAAGAGAUGCACAUUUCUGUGCUGUGUGCAGUGAUUAUGCGUCUGGAUAUCACUAUGGUGUUUGGUCAUGUGAAGGCUGUAAGGCAUUCUUCAAAAGAAGCAUCCAAGGGCACAAUGAUUACAUUUGUCCAGCGACAAACCAAUGCACAAUAGAUAAAAACAGGCGCAAAAGUUGCCAGGCCUGCCGACUCCGGAAAUGUUAUGAAGUAGGGAUGAUGAAAUGUGGUUCAAGAAGAGAGCGUUGUGGAUAUCGUAUCAUCCGCCGUCACCGUAAUCCAGAAGAUUUGGUGCAUUGUGUGGGCAAAGUGAAAAAGAAUAAUGACAGUAUAAUCCAAGUGAAAGAGGUCCUGGGCAAUGUGCUAAGCCCAGAACAGUUUGUCUCCAUAUUACUUGAAGCUGAACCACCAAAUGUGUUGAUGAGUCGCCCCAACAAGCCAUUUACAGAAGCUUCCAUGAUGAUGUCCUUGACGAAACUUGCAGACAAAGAAUUGGUCCAUAUGAUUGGUUGGGCCAAAAAGAUCCCUGGCUUCAUAGAGCUCAGUCUUUAUGAUCAAGUAAGGCUUUUGGAAAGCUGUUGGUUGGAAGUGUUAAUGGUCGGUCUGAUGUGGAGAUCCAUUGAUCACCCAGGGAAGCUCAUAUUUGCACCAGAUCUUGUGCUUGACAGGGAUGAGGGAAAAUGUGUAGAAGGAAUUUUGGAAAUCUUUGACAUGCUCUUGGCAACGACUUCAAGGCUUCGAGAGCUGAAAUUGCAGCACAAAGAAUAUCUCUGUGUCAAGGCAAUGAUCCUUCUCAAUUCCAGUAUGUUUCCACUUUCAUCUGCUACAGAAGAACCUGAGAGCAACAAAAAACUGAACCAUCUGCUCAACUCUGUGACAGAUGCCUUGGUGUGGGUCAUUGCAAAGAGUGGGAUCCCUUUACCCCAACAAACAACUCGCCUGGCAAAUUUGCUGAUGUUACUUUCGCAUGUCCGACAUGCAAGUAACAAAGGAAUGGAGCAUCUUCUUAGUAUGAAGUGCAAGAAUGUAGUACCAGUCUACGAUUUGUUGCUGGAGAUGCUCAAUGCUCACACUGUCCGAAGUCACAGGAAAAUGCCUGUCUCCAAUCUUGAGAAUAGUCCAUUGGAACAAACAGAGACAACAGAUGGAAUUCAGCAAUGAUUUCACAGAAGUCCAAAUCCAGGAAAUACCCAAAGAAAAAAAGAAUGAAAAAAAUAUCCAGAUCAAAACUUUGGACAUUUGCUGUUAAGAAGACAACUACAACAUCUUUACGGUUUUUACUGGACCAUUUGUUAAUCUUUUUCAGACUGAAUGUUGUCUGUCAACUUAGACGGUUUUAGAAAAGCCCCAUGUGGUUGGAAUUGAAAAACCUGCUGAUGAUUUGUGGCUUUAUCAAAUGUUGCAUUUCUGGAGUGCCUUCUAGAGGAGACUGUUUAAGUGCCAAAACAGCCUUAAGCUUCAUGGUAUCCUUGGUAGAUGCCAAUAUAAGCUUUUUUUUAAAAAAAGGAAAGCUGGACAACUCAUAAGCCUAAGAUCCCACAAGAAAUAUCUGACAGGGCAAAAAAGAGGCAUCUUCUGAUAAGAAACUGAAUAGUUUGACAUGAUGCUGUUCAUCAACGCAUCAAGCUGCACAUUAUAGCAAAGAAGGAAGAAGAACUCUGCUCGCAUUAGAAAUGCAUGUCAUUCAGCUUGUUAAUUGCAACGGACAUUAAUACAUUUUUCCAUUGUGCAAGUGUACUUUAGAUAAGUUAGUAAAGGGGGAUAUUGAACAGGUCCUCAUAUUUAAUUGCAAAGCCUUGGUCUGGAGAGCUUGUUUCUGGAUCCAUUCUGACAAAAUGAACAAGAAGCAUUUUAAGGCUCAGUUUGUAUUGACUGCUAUCUAAGCAUUGACCAUGCAUUUGAUUUCUAUGUUCAAAUACCUAAGUGGGUGGCUUUAUUUCCUCUUGUAGAAGCUUGUACAAUAUAUUGCUAUUGCUGUGAAGGAAUUCUUACAAUGAAUGUUCAGCAUUUGUGAAUAGUGAUGUAAUAUUUGAAGUACAGAAGAUCAAAAUAAUUAUGGUUAUUUUAUAUGCAUAAGAAGAGAUUCAGGGGACUACAGACAAACCUAAAAGUACAAAACAGGAGAUGAGCUGUGUUGUGGAGGACCAAAUAGAAUGUGUCCAAUCAGCCACCUCAUGCACAUCCAUGUGCCAACCCAUCGGCCCUGUCAUUCACAUCCAUGUAUCUCCACCAGCUUCUCAUUGUAGGAGGCAGCUCUACACAAUAUAUAAAACAUAGUCAGAGCUGAUGGCAAAAUUAAGGAUAGUUAAGGAACUGUGUAUGCAUUACUGUUCCAUAUGAAUAUGUAAAUGCAUACAUUAUUCUAAAGCUUGAAGAAUGAUCUUGUAGAAUCAUCUUAUGUGAGUUUUGUAUACAAGCACCCGGGAUAAAGAAGUUAGCCUAGGAAAUGCCUUUAGGAGUGCAAGAUUUAGCAUCCCUGAACCAUACCUGGAAACAGUGAUCUGUACCUGACCACAGUGCUCUUCAUGUUGAGUUCUCUUUAAGGAGUGUCCAGAAACUUCAGUUAAUACAAAAUGGGGUAACCAAACUCAACAAUAGCCACAGUAAGCCACAACAACACAAAUCUGCCUUCAAGUAAAAACAUUCCAAUGUUUAAGAUAAGUAUGUAACUCACAGUAUUUACAUCAUGAUAUCAUUACAUGCAUUUUGUCCUUUGCCCCCCCCCCUCCAUUGGUGGAUCUCCAUGGCUAGGCUGCUGAAUACUGAGAAAAUCUUACACCCCUGCUGAAAGAUCUCUUCUGGUUAUCAGUUGUUUUCUGGGUAUAGUUAUUGUUUUUUUUUUAUUCUUAAAGUUCUAAACGUCUUUGGA